AUGCAGAACCAUGAACUAUAUAACAGUGUAUGGAAUGACCAAGAGAAACUUUAUGCUGCAAAUCCUUCAAGGAUGGUUGGCAACAAUCAUCUUUCAUCUCAUUAUCAGACCGACUUCCAGCAGCAGCAGCUGGCUAGGAGCUCAUUGAUUUCUUCUAAUAAUGGGCAUUGGAGUGAAGGUGAGAAUGGAAAUAAUGAUAUGAGACUACUGUUUUCUCAAGUAUCAACUAUAAAAAAUAAAAACCAAUUUCCACUAAUCUUGAUUGAUGUUACUGCUAUUCAGAUGAAAGAAGAAGAGGAGAGAAGUAAAAUAGAGAAAGGAAAAGAAGGAGCUACUGUGGAUCUUAUGCAAGGGCUUCUUGCCAGCACUAAAGAAGUUAAGGAACAAAAUGAUGGGUUUGUUGAUGUGGUGAAGAAAACCAAAGGAAAUAAUGGAUUUUUUUUCAAAAGAAGCUACAGGGGGGGGGGGGGGAAACAGUUUCUCUCUCUCUGGUCUGCUUCCUGA